AACCGUCUCGUUGGCGUUGUUGAGUAUUAAACAAUUUGGGAUCGACAAUUUAAAUUUCAUUAAAAGGUAAUUAGCGGCAGUAAGGUAAAGUAACAGAGGAGCGAACUGGUACCGCCAGCAAGAGGUGAUCUGUGGCGUAGACUUUGAUGGUUCAUUCGGCAGGUUGUUGAAAAAUGUCAUCGAAGAGCAAGUUGAACGAGGAGCACGGACGCUCCGAUUCCUAUCGUGUGGCCACUAUACCUUCCAAUUAUGACGACAACAAGACCGCUGACGGUAGACCCAAGUCGCGUAGGAAAAAUGUUAAGAAAGUAAGAAAGGCAGAAGACUUAGAUGAUUUAAAACAGGAAUUGGACAUCGACUACCAUAAGAUUUCACCUGAAGAAUUGUAUCAGAGAUUUCAAACUCAUCCAGAGAAUGGCCUUAGUCACGCGAAAGCGAAGGAAAAUCUGGAACGGGACGGACCCAACGCACUGACACCGCCAAAAACAACACCGGAAUGGGUUAAGUUUUGUAAAAACCUGUUCGGAGGUUUCGCGCUUCUCCUAUGGAUCGGCGCGAUCCUCUGCUUCAUCGCCUAUUCUAUUCAGGCUAGCACGGUGGAGGAGCCCGCCGACGAUAAUCUAUAUCUUGGCAUCGUAUUAGCUGCCGUUGUUAUCGUUACUGGUAUAUUUUCGUAUUAUCAAGAAAGUAAAAGCUCGAAGAUUAUGGAAUCAUUCAAGAACAUGGUACCCCAGUUCGCGACGGUACUUAGGGAAGGCGAGAAACUGACAUUGAGGGCCGAGGACUUGGUAUUGGGUGACGUUGUCGAGGUCAAGUUUGGCGAUCGAAUUCCGGCAGAUAUCAGGAUUAUCGAAUCCCGAGGCUUCAAGGUUGACAAUUCCUCGUUGACGGGUGAAUCAGAACCGCAAAGUCGAAGCCCCGAAUUUACCCACGAAAACCCAUUGGAAACCAAGAAUCUUGCUUUCUUCUCGACCAACGCUGUCGAAGGCACUGCCAAAGGUGUUGUAAUCAGUUGUGGUGACAAUACUGUGAUGGGACGUAUCGCUGGUCUGGCAUCUGGCUUGGACACCGGUGAAACCCCCAUCGCCAAAGAAAUCCAUCAUUUCAUCCAUCUCAUCACCGGAGUAGCUGUAUUCUUAGGCGUCACAUUCUUCAUCAUUGCGUUUAUCCUCGGCUACCAUUGGCUCGACGCCGUCAUCUUCUUGAUCGGUAUCAUCGUCGCUAACGUACCAGAAGGUCUUUUGGCUACCGUAACUGUAUGUCUAACCUUGACUGCCAAGAGGAUGGCAUCCAAGAACUGCCUUGUCAAGAACCUCGAGGCCGUAGAAACAUUAGGUUCAACCAGCACGAUUUGCUCAGAUAAGACUGGAACAUUGACUCAAAAUAGAAUGACCGUAGCUCACAUGUGGUUCGAUAACCAAAUUAUUGAAGCCGACACAACUGAAGAUCAAUCUGGUGUCCAAUACGAUCGCACAAGUCCCGGAUUCAAGGCGCUCUCCCGCAUCGCCACUCUGUGCAACAGAGCCGAAUUCAAACCUGGCCAGGAUAGUACUCCAAUUCUAAAACGUGAAGUCAACGGUGACGCUUCGGAAGCCGCCCUAUUGAAAUGCAUGGAACUGGCUCUUGGCGAUGUUAUGUCCAUCAGACGCAAGAACAAGAAGGUGUGCGAGAUUCCAUUCAACUCCACUAACAAAUAUCAAGUGUCCAUCCACGAGAACGAAGACCCCAACGAUCCCAGAUACAUUUUGGUAAUGAAGGGAGCCCCCGAAAGGAUCUUGGAGAAGUGCAGCAGCAUCUUCAUCUGUGGCAAGGAGAAGGUUUUGGACGAAGAAAUGAAGGAAGCAUUCAACAACGCCUAUUUGGAACUCGGCGGACUGGGCGAACGUGUAUUGGGAUUCUGCGAUUUCAUGCUUCCUACUGACAAAUACCCCAUUGGCUUCAAAUUCAACUCCGACGACCCCAACUUCCAGCUCGACGGUCUGCGAUUUGUCGGUUUGAUGUCCAUGAUUGAUCCUCCACGUGCUGCCGUACCCGAUGCUGUCGCCAAAUGCAGAAGUGCUGGUAUCAAGGUUAUCAUGGUAACUGGAGAUCACCCCAUCACCGCCAAGGCCAUCGCUAAAUCUGUCGGCAUUAUCUCUGAGGGUAACGAGACGGUUGAAGACAUCGCCCAACGCCUGAACAUCCCCGUUUCUGAAGUCAAUCCCAGAGAAGCUAAGGCAGCAGUCGUCCAUGGAUCUGACCUCAGGGACCUUUCAUCCGAUCAACUUGACGAAAUUUUAAGGUACCACACGGAAAUCGUAUUCGCCAGGACAUCACCACAGCAGAAGCUAAUCAUUGUGGAAGGUUGCCAGAGAAUGGGUGCCAUUGUAGCCGUAACAGGCGAUGGUGUAAACGACUCUCCUGCUUUGAAGAAGGCCGACAUUGGUGUAGCUAUGGGUAUAGCCGGUUCCGACGUGUCCAAACAGGCUGCUGACAUGAUCCUCCUCGACGAUAACUUCGCCUCGAUCGUAACUGGUGUAGAAGAGGGACGUCUCAUCUUCGACAACCUCAAGAAAUCUAUCGCCUACACUUUGACCUCCAACAUUCCUGAAAUUUCUCCCUUCCUUGCUUUUAUCCUUUGCGACAUUCCUUUGCCACUUGGCACCGUCACUAUUCUGUGCAUCGACUUGGGAACUGACAUGGUGCCUGCUAUUUCUCUGGCUUAUGAGGCUCCGGAGUCGGACAUAAUGAAACGUCAGCCUCGCGACCCGUAUACCGACAACCUGGUUAAUCGCAGGUUGAUUUCGAUGGCUUAUGGCCAGAUAGGUAUGAUCCAAGCCGCAGCUGGAUUCUUCGUCUACUUCGUGAUCAUGGCUGAGAAUGGAUUCCUACCGACGAAGCUCUUCGGCAUCAGGAAGCAGUGGGAUUCGAAGGCUGUCAACGAUCUCACCGAUUCAUACGGUCAAGAAUGGACCUACAAGGACAGGAAGACCCUGGAGUACACCUGCCACACCGCUUUCUUCGUCUCGAUCGUCGUCGUACAGUGGGCCGAUUUGAUCAUUUGCAAGACCCGUCGUAAUUCCAUCAUCCACCAGGGAAUGAGAAACUGGGCCCUCAACUUCGGUCUCGUCUUCGAAACCGCUCUCGCCGCUUUCCUCUCGUACACCCCCGGAAUGGACAAGGGCUUGCGCAUGUUCCCACUCAAAUUUGUCUGGUGGUUGCCCGCCAUUCCAUUCAUGUUGUCGAUCUUCAUCUACGACGAGGUGAGACGGUUCUACUUGCGUCGCAACCCCGGCGGCUGGCUGGAGCAGGAAACAUAUUAUUAAUGUCGUCACGACUUCAGUGUACUGCCACUUCGUGAUCAUUGCGCAGGCGUGUCCGGCCCACGGUCACUUAGUUAUUAUUAUAUCUCGAUAGGAAGGACAUCGUGCGAGAUCCAAAUCCGUGACCGAUAUCAUUCCCUAUCGAUAAUUGUACAAAUCCUGUUGCUAUUUCUAGUAAAUUCGCUGCUUAUGCAGUUUAAAAAUAAUAUUAUUAUUAUAAAUAGCGGGCGAGAGUGAUCAAGUUUUUUAUUUAAGAUUAAAAGUUAAGCUAAAUAACACAAAUACACUACUCUACUCGUAUAGACAGGGUCAUUCCCGCGCGCUUUAGCUAUUUAUUAAAUUAAAUUUAAAAAAUGGAAAAAUAAUGAAAACAUUGGAUUAAUUUUUAUGGACUCAGUUGAUCCCGUGGCAGUUUGAAAAUUAUCGUGGAAAAUACCAUUAAAUCAUUAAAAUUAUAAAUAAAAUAAAGUAAAUUUCUAAUAAUACAAUAUAGAGAGUUGUAUGAUUUUGAUCAGUCAGAAUCAGGUUAGAUGCAAUAGUGGUUUCAUACAUUCCAGUUGAAAACUACAGUUGCCUUAGUGCUGUCAGUCACAAAGAACAACAUCAACCAAGAUAUAAAAUCAACAACAAAAAAAAAAAAAUUAACAGUCUGUUCAGUCCGAUGUUGAGAGUUAAGCGCGGGCCCGCGUCCGAUUAGUUUGCUGUUUGGGACGCGCGCCCGUGUUUCCACACUUAGUAGCGUCGAUGUGAAUGACCGAGGUAGUAUUAUUUAGGCUUUCAACACUUAGGUUAGCUAGAUUGUAACUGUGUUGUUAUAUCGUGUUAAGUGUCAUACCAGUCGUGCUCAAUACACAACAUGACUACUACUAUCACGAUUGUAAACGUUUGACAUUCAUUCAUUUGUUUGUAUAUAGUUUACCGUCACUGUAAACACGAGUGUGCUGUACGUAUUACAACUAUCCCACACAGCAGAGUACUGUCAGUACUGUGUUCCAGUACUACUGUGCAUUUGUUACGACAUUAUCUCUGUCAUUGGUUAAGUCAUUUUUCGAGCCAGCUACACUCCGAAGGUCUGCUUUAGUAGAGCCCUAUUUUCUUAUACUCAAAUCGCGAGCGCUCUGGUCCGAGACCAGGUCAUCACGGUAUUGUUAUCUUAUUGUAAAUAUUUUUAAGUGAAUCACUUAAUUAUUUUUUGCUUGUGUUCUUUUCACAUUCAUGUUUUAGUAUGUAACGAUGCUGUAAAAAUUUGGGUUUUAAUAAAAAUGAAUGAUAGUAUUACGAA